AAAGUAUCUGAACACGUCCUCUGUCACCGCGUGGAGGGGACACUUGUUGCUUCAGUAGUUGGGUUUAGCUCCGGUUUUCAACCAACACACUCCAUCUCUUGUUGUAAGGAGCCGCUCCUCCACUGGGUCAAAGGUUAAUGUGCAUCUCGUGCCUCCAAAGUCAACACGGUGAUGCAGGCCUGGGCUUGGUACCCAGCUCUGCCCCUCCCUCGUCGUUUGUAUAAAACGAGGCCUGCGGCAGAGACCAGUUCCUGUCUGCGGAUUCCGUCUGCCUGUCCGGCUCACCGACUGCUGCUAUGACUUUCGUUGCUCCUCCUGGCUAUCAGCCAAUCUACAGCCCCAAUAUUCCCUAUCUGGGGCCCAUUCAUGGAGGCCUGAGGGAAGGGGUGACCAUCUACAUCCAGGGGUGCGUUCCUGAAGACAUUACCAGGUUCUUUGUCAACCUGCUCUGCGGACAGUCCGAGUCCAGCGACAUCGCCCUCCACAUCAACCCUCGGUUUGACGGAUGGGACAAGGUGGUCUUCAACUCCUGUCAGAACGAAUCCUGGGGCUCAGAAGAGAAGAUCCGUGAUAUGCCCUUCAGCAAAGGCCAGCCCUUCGAAAUGGUCAUCAUGACCACCUCGCAAGGCUAUCGGAUCAGAGUCAAUGGGAAGGACUUCCACACCUUCGAGCACCGCAUGCCUGUGGAGAGAGUCUGUGCAAUGCACAUCGCAGGAGAUGUUUCCAUCCAGACGAUUAAUGUCAUCGGGGGUGGAAUGGGAGGAGGCAUGGGAGGAGGCAUGGGAGGAGGCAUGGGAGGAGGCAUGGGAGGAGGAUAUCCAGGAGGAGGCAUGGGGGGAGGAUACCCAGGAGGCAUGGGUGGAGGCAUGGGUGGAGGCAUGGGCGGAGGCAUGGGCGGAGGCAUGGGAGGAGGAUAUCCAGGAGGUGGAAUGGGGGGUGGAUAUCCAGGAGGGAUGGGAGGUGGGAUGGAGGGAGGAUUCCCAGGAUCAAACCUGCCGGGCAUGGGCGGACAGCCAGUCUACAACCCCCCUGUGCCCUACUCCAACAUGAUCCCAGGGGGGAUGUUCCCCAAGAGGACCAUCGUCAUCAGAGGGAUGUUGCCCUAUGGAGCAGACAGGUUGUGCAUCAACUUCGUGGUGAGCAGAUCUCGAGACAUCGCCUUCCACAUUAACCCCCGCGUGAGGCAGGGGAUUGUGGUGAGGAACAGCAUGCUGGGAGGUAACUGGGGCCAGGAGGACCGAGAGCUCAGCUUUAACCCCUUCAUGGAGGGACAGUACUUUGACAUGUCGAUUCGCUGCGGGAACCAGCGAUUUAAAGUGUUUGUGAACGGCCAGCACCUGUUUGACUUCUUCCACCGCUUCCAGGCCUUCAGUGAGAUCGACAUGCUGGAGAUCGAAGGCGACGUGCAGAUCUCCUACAUCCACUUCUGAGCCACAGAGACUCGGGUUUUCUGUACAUUAGGUUGCUAGGGAGGGUUCAGACAACAUGUCAGCCACUGCGUCUGUAUUGUUGGUUAACUGAAGUAAUAAACAUGUCAAUAACA